CGUACACUUCCAAAUAGUUCAACAGAGGAGGUAUAAUUGAAACUCAACAGAAAGUUAUAAGAUUAAUAAUUCAAUACUAACUCGCUUUGUAAAAGACACAUGUUAUAUUUUUGCUAAAUAUAUACUAUAUAAAUCUUCACUUUACACCGAAUAUCUACAUUCCAAAGUUAACAAAAAACAAAAAAGACCAUCAAGCACUCGUCAUCGAUGAGUCAAAACACUUCUUAAAACACUUCCUUGGUUUUGUAUAAAUAGAAGCUCACAUUGUACACUCAAACACAUCAAAUCCAUAUCAAACACACUUAACAAAAAAAAAUGAAAACCUCAAUCACAUUAGCCAUCUUCCUCACUCUCUCCAUCUUCUCCUUAACCGGAGCACAAGCCAAAGUCCCCAUCGAUGAGCAGUUCCGAGUUGUCAACGAAGGAGACUACACCGACUACAGUCCCAUUGAAUACAAUGCCGACGUACGUGGCUUCCGACCCUUCAACGACAACUUCCGUCUCUGCUUCUACAACACAACUCCAAACGCAUACACUCUCGCUCUAAGAAUCGGAAACAGAGCCCAAGAAUCAACUCUCCGAUGGGUCUGGGAAGCAAACAGAGACUCUCCGGUCAAAGAAGACGCCACGUUGACUUUCGGUGAAGACGGAAACCUAGUACUCGCCGAAGCCGAUGGUCGUGUGGUGUGGCAAACGAACACGGCUAACAAAAACGCCGUUGGUAUCAAAAUCUUGGAGAAUGGCAAUAUGGUAAUAUACGACUCCAACGGGAAGUUCGUAUGGCAAAGCUUUGAUUCACCGACCGACACACUUCUUGUCGGACAGUCUUUGAAAGCCAACGGUCAGAAUAAGCUCGUGAGCCGAAGGUCUCCAUCGGUCAACGCAAACGGACCUUACAGUCUCGUGAUGGAAGCCAAGAAGCUAGUUCUGUACUACACGACAAACAAAACGCCGAAACCAAUCGCGUAUUACGAAUAUGAGUUCUUUACCAAGAUAACUCAGUUACAGUCAAUGACAUUCCAAGCUGUGGAGGAUUCGGACACCACGUGGGGUCUACACAUGGAAGGUGUGGACUCUGGUUCUCAGUUCAACGUCUCGACUUUCCUCUCGCGGCCUAAACACAACGCUACGUUGAGUUUUCUUCGGUUAGAAUCAGAUGGAAACGUUAGAGUUUGGAGUUACAGUACGUCAGCGAGUUCUACCGCUUGGGACGUUACAUACACGGCGUUUACAAACGCCGAUACUGACGGUAAUGAUGAGUGUAGACUCGCUGAGCAUUGUGGUGAGUUUGGUUUGUGUAAGAAAGGACAGUGUAACGCUUGUCCUAGCGACAAAGGGCUUCUUGGUUGGGACGAGGCUACUUGUAAGACUCCGAGUCUGACUAGUUGCGAUCCCAAGACGUUUCAUUACUUCAAGAUUGAAGGAGCAGAUAGUUUUAUGACUAAGUAUAACGGAGGCUCGUCGACGACGGAGAAAGCGUGUGGGGACAAGUGUACGAGAGAUUGUAAGUGUUUAGGAUUUUUCUACAAUCGGAAGAGUUCGAGGUGUUGGUUGGGUUAUGAGCUCAAGACAUUGACUAGAACCGGAGAUGCUUCCCUCGUUGCUUAUGUCAAGGCUCCUAAUGCUAACAAGAACUCAGCUCUUGCCAUUUGAAGUGUCAACUACUUUGUUUGUGUGUCGUUUUGACCAAUGCUACAUUUGUCAUUUGUUUUCCUUUCUUCUUAAAAGUUGUUGCUAUCGGUUUUAUCUUAUUUUAAGUAUUGAUAUGCUGGUUCUCAGCGUAUAUCUUAAUAAAAUGAAGUAAAGUUUAUCAAU